AUGGGACAAUAUAGCUACAGCCAGCCGUCCUCAUCAUCAGAGGACUUGGACAUAACCUCACUUCUCGAAGCAGAAGCUCAGUUGUACGCGGAUGAAGCUCAGAGUAGCUUCGAUAUGGCAGAGCCGGUUCAGUACCAACCUCAACCUGAGGCUGGUGAUGGAAUCCCGACGAUAUGCUACUGUGGGGGUGAGCCGGUUGUUGCAACAGCCUACACUGAGAAAGAUCCAGGACGAAGGUACUUCACCUGCGACAAUGUCGAUGAUGGAGACUGUCACAUCUGGAAGUGGUGGGAUGUCGCGGUCAUGGACGAGAUGAGGGACUUUCAGACACAGCUAAGGCGGCUUAAGGAAGAAGGUACUGAGAGUGAGCAGAAGCUACUGCUGCUAGAGAAGACUGUAUAUGAGUUAGGAAAGGAGAAUUCACAAGUUAAGCUAUUGGUGUGCCUAUUAGUUUUAAUAGGUUUGGUAUUCUUGGUUCUGUGUGGAGUAGGUUCAAAGGCUUCAAACGGGAGUGUGUUAUCACCUCACGAGUGGCUGUAUAAGUAA